UUGCACCACCAGGACCAACGUAGUUGUGCAGCUGGGCGACAAAAGGAGCUGGGUAACGGCCAGGACGUCUGAGCACUCUGUAAGUGCGAGUUCGGCUGCUCAGUUAAACGGGAGGCGUGUGAGUCCAAAUAAGUAAAGAAUCUGGAUGCUAAAAUGUGAAAGUCACACCGGCUGAAUUCUUUGGAAUGGAUCGAAAUAAAAGAAAUUCAAUAGCAGUUUUACCAUUAAGACAUGAGCGAUUGGAAGAAUUUGAUGGCGGCAGGGAUGGUAGUGCCAUUGGUCAAUCAACAUCAGUGUUUCCUUCGUCAUACAGAGCCUUAAGUAGUGCUGUCUCCAGACUUACUAGGCUUGAUGACUUUUUCUGUGAAAAAAUUGGAUCUGGAUUUUUUUCUGAAGUCUACAAGGUGCGUCACAGAACUUCGGGGCAAGUGAUGGCACUGAAGAUGAACAAAAUGAUCAGUAAUAGAGCAAACAUGCUGCGGGAAGUGCAAUUAAUGAAUCGUCUUUCUCAUCCCAACAUUCUCAGGUUUAUGGGUGUUUGUGUUCAUGAAGGCCAACUACAUGCAUUAACUGAAUAUAUUAAUGGAGGGAAUCUUGAACAGUUGUUGGACAGCAAUGAACAUCUUUCCUGGCCUAUUAGGGUCAAAAUAGCACAUGAUCUUGCCUCUGGACUCGGUUAUUUGCACUCCAAAGGUGUCUUUCACCGGGAUCUGACUUCUAAGAAUUGUUUAAUUAAAAUGGAAGAUGGUAGAUACACUGGAGUGCUGGGUGACUUUGGUCUGGCAGAGAAAAUCCCUGACAAUGAGACUACAGAAAGGCUGUCAGUGGUUGGAUCACCAUUUUGGAUGGCUCCAGAAGUGCUGCGCAGUGAGCCCUAUAAUGAAAAGGCUGAUGUAUUUUCAUAUGGUAUUAUUAUGUGUGAAAUUAUAGCUCGGGUGCAAGCUGACCCUGACUAUCUCCCUCGAACAGUGAAUUUUGGAUUAGAUUAUGAUGCGUUUCAGAACAUGGUAGGGGAUUGCCCACCCAGCUUCCUUCAACUUGCGUUCAAUUGUUGUAAUAUGGAUCCAAAGCUUCGCCCAUCUUUCUCAGAAAUAGUAAAGGCGAUAGAACAGAUUAUAUCACAACUACAAGAAGAAGAAAAGAAUAGAAGCAUUAACAAUGAAGAAAGUAUGGAGACAAAGCCAAUUAACCUACAAAAAAGUGCUGGGGAGAAAGGACAAGCAAUAAAAAGAUGCAGUCCUCUGGCAUUUCCAAUUGAUAAGAUUCCACCCAAAUCGCCUCGGCCACGUCGUAAUAUAUGGCUUUCUCGCAGUCAGUCUGAUUUCUUUACCCGAAAAGUUAGUCGGAAGAUAAAUGUCCAAGAUCCAUACUAUACUCCUAGCAAGGGAACUUCACAUAAAAUUAAUCCUUUCAUUGCAAGGCAGGACUUGAAAGGUGGAAAAAUAAAAUUUGUAGACACACCAAGUAAAUCGGUAAUAUCUCUAGCAUUUGACCUGCCUUCACCUGAUUCUACAGACUGCUCGUUCAUUUCAACAACCCAAGCCAAACAGAACCUUACUGGGGAUUUUCAGGAAACUCUUGUCCCUGAGCGACGAUAUCGAUCCCUUCCAGUUUCACCUGAUUUGCCAACAAAAGAAUGUCAUAGUUUUGGGCCCUUUUCAUUAACAUUGGGGAAAUGCGACCCAUUGCAAUUGGGAACGGAUGUGAAACAGAAAGUGUUGAACACUUCCAAAUAUUCUGUUUUGGAGAUUCCACCAUUUAAACAGAAACUUCCAAUUCAGCAGUCUCCCUCAUCAGAACAGGUUGAUGCAAUGGACUGUUCAGGAACUGAAGACCUACCGGAUGAAAAUGACCUGUGUACAGAGCGUAGGACACAACUAAAUACCUUGAAAACUAAAGAAAGCUACAGUCUUCGUGUUUCAGAGAGCUUGAAUUGUAAUUGUAUAACAGGAGGCAAUGAGCCAAAUUUAAAUGGUACAUCUUGCGGCAACUGGAAUAGCUCAAUUUCCAGUGAAGAAGUGAAGGAGCGAGAAAUACAGAGGGACAUGUCAAAAUUAGCAAUACCAGAACACAAGUCAUGUUUUAGUGUCAGUAUUGCACUGGAGCGAGAUGAAAUAGACCCAGGUAAUUGUGCUGAAGCAUCUGACAUAGAAGGGCAUUCCUCUGUGGUGCUGACUCCAUGCAUGAAUUCAAAUCCUUGCCACCUUCAGUCAAAAUGCAAUAUUUGAAGAAACAUUCAUAAAUUGUAUUGGUUUCUUUUAACAACUUUUUUCUGCUUGAUUUAAAAAAUAUCCAGUUAUUUUUAUUUGGUCAGGAAUGAUAUGAAAGUCUAGAAUUCCAAAGCUCUUUUCAAACUUUGAGGUGCAGGUACCAUGGAUCACAGUCCAUUCUGAUGAAUCAUUUGAUAUUUGGUGAUUGGCCAGUAUUAUAAAUUGACUUAUUUGGGUGAACCUUUUGCAUCUUAUUUCUAAUUGAUUAAAAUGUUUUAUGGAAGUAGCUUUAUAAACCAGCCAAAGGUAACUUCUACUAAAUAUCAUCUACAUGCAUGCAAUAUGUACCCCAGCGCCUUUCAGUAUUUGUGAGGUAUCAGUUUGAUGACUAGUUUUCCUCAGCUUGUAAACAAGUGAAAUAUUUUCCAUUUUCCUCGAAUGGAAAUGAUUUGUUGCUUCAUCUAUGGUCUUUAAUAGCUGGACUUACAGUUAAAAUUUUCUGGGAUAUUUAUUGGAAAAAUAACCAACUUUUUAUUUGUGGGCUAGUCUGAGAUUGCUCUCAAAAAUUACACCCAUACUUUACGAAUUAUUUAAAAAUCUAUUUCAUUGUAUUUUCAUGUUUCUACAUAUACCUGUGCAAAGUAAGAUUACUGUGUUACCUUUUAAGGAUAGCCUGUAAAUCCAAGGGUACCAGUACACAGUAAACUGUGUUUAUCAAUACUUUGUGUCCACAUCAAUGAUGUAAUUUUUGACUAAAUUUAAGUUGUACUCAAAUUAACAAGGUGGACCAUAAAGAUUUCUUACUACAAGAAAAGCACUUCAUCACUUUCCUAUAGCUUGAAAAGAUGUUACUACUGUAUAUUUUGUAUUUCAACCUGGACUACUGUAACAGAGUUGGAUGUAAUGCCACAAGGUGCCAUGUCUGUAAUCAUUUAUGAUGGGUCAACUCACAGGAAUAGUGCAAAGAUUUUCAAGUUUGCAGAAAAAAUUGGUGUAUUUAUCUUUUACUGUGCAAUCAAUUCCAUUAUUUUGAGAUUUUGUUCAAAUUAGCUUUCUUUUCUUGAUCUCAAAAAAUGUGAACUCUUUCGUAUUUCUUUGUAAUGGCUGUUGUGCCAUGAUUUAAGUGUAGAUUUUGUACUUUCUGCUUCCUUCCUCUUAUUGAGAUGCAUACUACUACUCCUUGUGGAGAAUGCUUUUUAUUUAAUCAGUUAGUUAAGGUUUUAAUAAUGGAUGUGAAUUACAGAAUUUUUAUUUUUACAUCUUUGUUCAACCGAAGUCUGGAUUUAAUCUCGAUUGGAAAUAUUAAGGUAAAUUAGACUGUAUAAUUUGCACCUUAACUAAUGGUAAAGUUACCUCAGUUUAUCUUGACCAUUUUUCAAACUUAUUCCGGAUUUUCCUACUAUGCAUUUUAUUGUAUUGUUGAUAAUCUGUCAAUUUGUACCCCCAAUCGAAUUUAAUGUAGUCAACAGAUGCGCAAUGUGUUGCUGGGUAUUUAGACCCAUCAAAUUAAAUUAAUUGAUUAGCAUUUGCUUCAAAUUUUCUUUAAAUUGCAUUAUUUUAGUUUUACGUUUUUAUGUAUGUUUAUUUAUUUUCUUGUGAUUUUGGCCAGUUUUCUUUUGAAUAACAUCCAGUUUGACCAUCCAAGUUACAGUAUUAUGGUGAAGACAAUUGUGUUAAUCAAAUUGCACCAUUUUCUUAAUGCUAUCUAGUUUUUAAUUAAAACUGAAGUGCAUUUGAAUCCUACAUUAAUUUGGCUAGCUGCGUUAUUUGCAUUGAGGCCUGUUUGAUUUAGAAAUUCCCUUGGAUUUUUCUUGUUUUUUUUCCUCUUUGAAUGUGCUAUUGGGAUUCCUUGAUGGGAUGAAUUGUUAAAUCUUGAAUUUGGUUCCUGGACUACUUUAUAUAAAAAAAAAUAAUCUUGGUGACAUUUUUCUAUUUUCUGUGCCAGAAGCGUGCAAGCAAUGCAUAAUUCUAUAGAGAAAAUGACUUGCAUUCACUUUGAGGCGUGACCCAUGUAAUCUAAUGCCAGAAUAGAAAAUGUCCUUCCUGGUUUCUGCUCAGCUUAUCAUUUCUCCCCAUGAAGAUGUUAAAAAUAAGUUGCACUACAUAAUUUUGUUCUAACCAUUAAGAUUGAAAUCUUGGGUGAGAGUGUAAGUCCUGAGUAAGUGUUUUUAGCGGAGAUUAUCUUGUACUGUACUUUAAUGAGCUUUACUUUGAAGGUGGUAACAGAUUGCUUGACAUCAUCUUUGACCACCAAUUGGCCAUGGUUUGGGUUACUGUUAUAAUGUUAUAUUGUUCAAGUGACAAUCCAUGUGAUUUUGUAUUUCUAAACUAGAAUACCUCUUUUUUUGGUUUGGUUAAACUUUGUGUUGAUUCUUUCUACUUAGUUUUAGUUUCACACACUGUUUAACAGACUUAAAUUAAAUACUGAUACCAAGUGGACAGAAAUACAACGUACUGAUUUAUAACCAUCCAAAUCAACAAUGGCGGGGGGGGGGGGGCGGUGGGAGAAGUUGCACAGCAAAAACAUACAAACUGUUUUGGAUCAUAAUAUUGGAUAUGGUCAGCAGGUUGGGUUGGAUCUGUGGAAAGAGUUGAAUCACAGAGCUGAUAUAUUAAUGGUUUCUCUUUUUGCAGGUACUCCUUGACCUGCUGAUUGCUUUUGGUUGGACCUUUAGCAUCUACAGUUUCAUUAAUUUUUUUUUGGUGGAACUGAGAUUGCUGUACCAAUCAUACUUGACCCUCUUUAACAAAUGCAGCUCCCCCAUCUCCCUCAAUCAUUGGAUCCCAUUCUGUAGUCACUAUUAUAUCAAUUCAAGAAAUUAUACAGAAAUUUGAGUGUAAGGAGUUCCUUAUUUUGAUUUGAACCGUCAAAAUUUUACAACUUUCCAUUUCUGAAUUGAAUAUUCUUGCUAUUUUGCAUUCUCUAAACAGAACCAGGUAUUAAAGGACAGAAAACUAGUGGGAUUGCAUUUUAAAUCCAAUUCUGUUUUUCUUUAAUCUAUGUACAGCCAAAUAUAGCUUAUUUAGUGCUAUUUUGAGUUGCUCUUUACCAAAAUUUGUCUAUCACAUGGCUGUAACUGAGCAGAAAACAAGUAGUUUUAGGAAUAGUUUGUCGAGUAACAUCCUCCAGAAAGUCUUGUUUCUGAAUGUGAUUUGGUUAUUAAAGUAACUAGGAGCAGAAUGAUGUGAAAAGAAGCUGGGACUUGCCUUGGUACUUGCAGAAAAUAGGGGUUAUAUAAGAUUGAAUAUAAUUAACAUACGUUAUUUUCAAAUUUCUGCCUACCAGCUAUUUUCUCAAUAGCACUAUGGAGAAAUCUGAGUACCCUUUUAGCGUGCAGUACUGUAAUUUAUCCCAUGGCUGCAAGAAAAUCUGCAAGCUUCUGAACUAUUCAAAUUAGUGGUUUUGAAAAAAGGUUUCAGAAAUUAUUCAACUUUUUUCUAUAGAUUUCAUUGCUUUUCAUUUAAUGGUUAACUACCUUCAUUUCUGAACUUAUGCUAAAUCUUGUACUGAGGUGCGGAUUACAUUAUUAAUUGGGUGUUUUCGCUUGCCUAUUUAUUUUUGAGCUGCUUUCAUAACCCUGCUUUUGCUACAUCUGCAUGGAUCCUUAAAGUAUAACUAGUUAGCUGUACUUGGGACCCUCCAUAUAGGAGAUCUGGAACAUGCACUGUGAAACCAUAUAUCAACGUUUCAAAUGAAAAUAGGAAGAUGGAGGAGAAUAUUGACCAAUAGUCUACUAUGUGGCUGUGGGCUUUGCAGGCAACUUUAGAUGAAGUGUAAGUUCGAAUAACUAAAACACACACACAGUUUUGAGAAGCAUAAUGGCCUGAUCUAAAAUAGUCAGGUAGUCCAAUGAGCUUGAUGUGCCCAGAAGACUAUUUUUCUUUAAGUAGAAUUUCAUUAAUUUUCAAACUAAUAAGCACCCAGCAUAGUGCUGUGUCCGGAACCUCCUAAAAGAUGCUGUGAAACCUGUAUUUUCUGUGGGUAGAGAGGAAACUACUUUUCUCAGAAGCUUUAUCCACCACUUCAAAUUGAUAGGCAAGUCCAUCAAUUUUCGACUCUAAUUCAAGGUUAUUUAAGUCAUGAUUUGAAAACCACUUAUUGGAAAAGUUGUAAAUGAGAAGUACUUUUGAUCACAGCUACUGCUUGGAUUAAUGACUUGUUUUCAUGCAGCAGGAUUUUUGUCUAUGCUGAUUGAGGAUAAAUGGUUUUGUGGUUUGUGAACUUACCAGUUAAAUGUAUAUAUAACAUGCAUUGGGCUUUAUUUUUGGAAAUGCAUUCUUUUCUAAAAUUGUUUGGCAAAUUGGGGAAACAAUUUUGGCAAUAAAGCUUAACUUUUGAAGUCAAUUUCUUAAAAAUUUUAAAUUAAUUCUAGAUUUUAUUGUCACGGUUUAGAUAGAAUUGUUACUUGAACUCCAUUUGAAAAUGUUUGCAAAGGACUUUGAUUAUCAAUUGGUCUUCCAUUAAGGAAUUUUUCACUGUGAUACUUUUAUUAGCAAAUACAUUUAAGUGGGAAAAAAUUAAGUUGUACUUGAUAGUUUGCUAUUUGAUAAUUAAUUACCCUCACAUUUUUCAGAGUGGGGGAAAUAUAACGUAUUUAAGCAACUAAUGUUCACAUUUCCAUCAUUUGAAUAACUUCCUGGCUGUGCUUUUAUGAUGAAUUAAUCUGGAAUUUUCAGGGAAACUCCAGACUCCAAAUAGCUAUUCAAUGCAGCUAAAGCUAUUUUAUUAAAUGUCUAACGAAUGUGAUUUCAUCUGAAAAUUUAAGCUUAUUGUAGAACAGUAAAUGGGCUCUGGAUACUUUUGUUGUUCGUCUUAUUUGUUGAAAUUGUAUGAAAAUGGAGAACACCACACCAUACUAAUGGAAUUCUCAUCUUUAUUAGGCUACAAAGCAACCAUUAGUGGACGUGGAAUUCGUUUGUUUAUGGAGUCUUGAUUUAAAAAAAACUGUUGGUGUUUGGCUCAAUGUACAGUAAUCAGCAUAGAGCCAACUAAUUGUUUUUGCUGAUCAUUAGUUCUAGAAUGACAAGUGAGGUAUGUAUUCGGUCAACUAAGGUUAUUUGGAGUCUGUAAUUUCCAUCUGCUGCAGUCAUCUUGUAUCUUUGGGGGGGGGGGGGAGAUAAAAAAAAAACCUAUUUGAAGAACAAAUCAAUCUGGCAACAAAAUGUAACAUUCUUAUAAGGACAUUGGAUUUGGAAAAUAAAAGUCUACUUUGAAUCAUAACAGAACUAAAUUUCAAUACUUUCUAGAGGCAAAUCGUGCUUUGGGGAACUAUGUAGGUUUUGCUGUUUUUAUUAAUGAGCUGUACAAGCUGUUGAAAGCCUGCUAGAGACUUGGUAAAAUUAUUUUUGUAAUAAUUAUGGAAAAGUUAUAGACUUAAUUAUUUGGUAUAUUUACCACUGCAAAUGAUCUAGUUGUACUGGAAGGUCUUUAAAUGAAGUACUGUACAAAUUGUAAUUUUGUAAGAAUUGCUACAAAGUAAUUUUGCCCUUGUACAUAUUUGGAUUUAUUUGGUCACAUGGGUUGUAUUAUGAAAAAUGAAUCCCUGUGAAGAAUGGAGUAUCAACAGAUGCUGUGUAAAUCCAACCCACAAGUGUUGACAUUGAAUAGCAAUAUUGUGAAUUUGUUCAUUAAUCAAACUUAAUUGUACAUUUUCCAAAAAGUUGUUUAAUUGCAACAGGGUACAUUGAAUAAAUGACUGGAGAUCUGUGGUUGCAAAAAGAAGACAAAUGGUUGUAUAAUGUCUAUAAGUCAGAAUGUGAAAUGAAGUGAUCCUUUCCAAUUUUUUUAAGAAAAAAUUCAGAAAUGACUUCUAAAGACUCAGCAAUUAUGAAACUGUUGGUUGUAAGAAAUGUUAAAUUGGGGAAGUCUGUGAAAAGGAUGUUCUCUGAUAGAAACUUGAAAGCUGUUUUGUGUCUACUUGUGGAGUCAUUGAUUAAAUUUAGAAUGUAAUCUCUUGUUUCAAUACAUCUCAUGACCAUUUUUGUACAGUACUAUGCAAAAGUCUUAGGCACCCUAGAUUUUUUUUUAUGGUUUCAGAUGGUACAGCCUCCAAGAGCCCUGAUUUCAACACUAGAGUCUGCCUGAAAUUACCUUGACAGACAGAAGCAAGUGAGGCAGCAAAAGUAUGUGGAACCACUGUGGCAAGUUCUCCAAGAUACUUGGAACAAUGUAACAGCCAAUUUUUCGUAUAAAACUGCAUGAGUGUAUCAGAGAUUUGAUGCAGAUUUGAAGGCAGAGUGUGGUCACACCAAAUAGUGACUUAAAUUGUUUUUUUUAAAAACUAUUUACUGCUCUUUCUUUAUAGUAAUUUUUUGAUUAUUUUGUAAGUACCUAAGACUUUUGCACAGUACUGUAUUAUUUACUUUGAGAUAUGCAAGUUUAAAUGUUGACCUAUGAUUAUCCUUUUAACAGUUUCUAUUAGACACUUAAAUAACUAGAUUGUUUGCACUUGUAAUAAUGCCUUUACAUUGUCACUACAUUUUAUGCAAUUUUUUGCAAUGGGAAGAAAAUGUUUAUUGUAGAUCUAUUUUCAUAUUUAUGAAAGUAUUUGAUAAAUGUCUUAAAAUUCAGAACUCUAUAAUAAAAAGCUUUAAAUUAAAGUGA